AUGGCAAAGGAAAAAUUCGAUCGUUCGAAGGCGCAUAUUAACGUUGGUACAAUCGGUCACAUUGACCAUGGUAAAACCACAUUAACUGCUGCCAUUUGUACGGUUUCGUCUAAGUCCGGGUUGGCUGAGGCUAGGGACUAUGCUUCCAUCGACAAAGCUCCUGAGGAGAGGGCUAGGGGUAUUACCAUCAACACUGCCCAUGUUGAGUACGAAACAGACACAAGACACUAUGCACACGUUGACUGCCCAGGUCACUCUGACUACAUUAAAAACAUGAUUACCGGCGCGGCCCAAAUUGACGCAGCGAUACUUGUUGUUUCGGCUACAGACGGUGCAAUGCCUCAAACCAGAGAGCAUAUUCUUCUUGCAAGGCAAGUUGGUGUUGAGAGAAUGGUUGUUUUCCUUAACAAGUGUGACAUGGUUCCAGAUGUUGAGAUGCAGGAUUUGGUUGAAAUGGAGGUUAGGGAUCUUCUGACUUCAUAUGGGUAUGAUGGAGCUAAUACCCCUGUUGUUAGGGGUUCUGCUCUAAAAGCUCUUGAGGGAGAUGCUAAAUACGAGGCUUCUAUUAAGGAACUGUUGAACUAUCUUGACACUUAUGUGCCGCUUCCGGUUAGAGAGGUGGAUAAACCGUUCCUUCUUUCCAUCGAAGAUGUUAUGACUAUUACUGGUAGGGGUACAGUUGUUACAGGUAGAUGUGAAAGGGGCACACUUAAAGUUAACGAUGAAGUGGAAAUUGUUGGACUUAAGGAUACGACCAAGGCCGUUGUUACAGGGAUUGAGAUGUUCCGAAAGCCGCUUGAUGAAGUAAUUUCAGGGGAUAACGCUGGAAUUCUUCUAAGGGGUGUUGCUAAAGAGUCGGUUUCCAGAGGUCAAGUUCUUGCUAAACCCGGAAGCAUAACACCUCACAAGAAGUUUGAAGCUCAAAUUUAUGCCCUUAAAAAAGAAGAGGGUGGUAGACACACAGCCUUCACUAAGGGUUAUAAACCACAGUUUUAUUUCAGAACAACCGACGUUACAGGAACUAUAGAUCUUAAACCAGGGGUGGAUAUGAUCAUGCCCGGGGACAACUCCAAUAUUCUGGUGGAAUUGAUUAAUGCUGUUGCCGUUGAAAAGGGAUCCAAGUUUUCCAUUAGAGAGGGUGGUAAGACAAUUGGUGCUGGUACAGUAGUUGAAGUCAUCGAAUAA